UUGAAGUCGAAGGUCUUGGAGUCCUUGACCCAUCGAUGAUAUCUGAUGGUUGAAAUUAACGUCUAAGAAAAUAAUUGAUUUUUUUUUACUGGUAGGGUAAAAUUGUUACCUAUAGAGAUAUAAAUAUAGAUAUAGUGUGGUGGGACCCCACCAAUUCACAUGCCCUAUCUCAUAAACCCUCUACUAGGGAUCCCAUCAUCCAUUUGCCUUUUUCCAAUUUCUCUCCCUAUUUAAAUCAUUUCAGUAUCUGAUUCAACUGGAGAAAAGGAAAGAAAAAAAAUUCUCAGAUUUCAAGAAAAUAAAGUGAAAAAAAACACACACAACACAUACUAACUCAGACAUGGAAGCAGCUCUUGAGUUGGAGGAUGAUGUCUUCUUCAGAGACUUGAGCAAGCAAAUCUCUCUCCUCAUCAUGGAUGAUGAUGAUGAUCUCUCCCUCUCACACUCUCCACCCCUAAAUCUUCAGGCUUUGAGUACUCAAGCAAACAAUCCAGCAACACAAGGUGCAUCCUUUUUCAGCUAUGAUCAUCAUCACCAAAGUAGCAAGAGGGAGAGCAAAGGCACCGGGGUUUUCAUCCCUCGUUCGACGUCGAAUUCGAGACGAAAGAGUGUGAGGCAAGCAAAAUUCAUGGGGAACAAAUUUCAGAGCCCUUCUAAUGAUCAUGGCUCAAGAGGGCUGCAGCCUCAUGACACCAUCAUCAUUAAUCCAUCGUAUGAUCAUUCAUUUAAUAUUACAAGAUUUUGAUCUUGAUUGUUGUGGUGAUGUUUCAAGAAAUGUGAUGCAUAAUUCAAAUAAAUAACAGGUUGUGGAAUUUGUUGAUAGAUGAAAGAUGCAUAGUAUUUUUUGGCUACUGUUUCAGCAAGUCUAGAGGAAAAGUAAUUUUUUUUAGUUUCAUGUCUUUUUUAGGAUUUUCGAAUUGUAUGUACCCUCUAAUUUUGUACUACAUUUUUUUUUAUUGAUAUGAAUAUUUGGAAUAAUGACUUCGUUGGUAAGAGUUA